AUGUAUGGAUUUCAGCGCCCCCAUGAGGUUCAUGCAGCUGUUCUAUGCGAAAAUUCGGAUAUUCCUGUGACCCGCAAGUUGACCGGAAUGGCGGGACAUAGCCACAAGACUCACCCCUGCAAUUUUUGCUUCAUUUCUCUCAUUGACAUUGAUUCUUCAGUGGCAUAUGACAUUACAAAUUUUCAUAUGCAGGAUGACUGGAAACUACUUGAGCAUGCACAUCAUUCAAAGUUAUCUACAACUAAAGCUGCUCGCAAGAGUAUUCUUGAUGAGCAUGGAGUCCGAUACUCCAUUCUCAAUGAGCUGCCAGGUUGGCUACCGAUGCGCUGUUCACCGAUCGACUUUAUGCACAACUUUUAUGUGCUUGUCAAGCGCUUUCUAUUUGAUAUUGUUAUGGCAGGACAUCUCCUUGAUAGCACGGGUUGGGACCUGUUUCAAAACUCCAUCAAUUCAGUUAUCUGGCCAUUGGGAAUUGGACGCCUUCCCAAAAAUGUGAUCUCUUGGCUGAUCAUAUAUCCAUUCAUACUGUGGCUAUGUUGGCGAGAUCAUCGUGAUGAAAUCAAGGCCUCCACACCACCAGUACCUGCAUCUGCGAAGCCCCAACCAACUUUCAAACAUGAUUUACAAACGAUAUACAAACUCGUUCUCUAUCUCUCUGUGUCUGAGCAGAUCCUUGCUAGCAAAGCAAUAUCAAUCAAUGAUAUAGAUCAAGGUCUCGAGUCGCUCGGUGUCCAUCAAACAAUCAACAGUCAUCUCGCCAUGCAUUACUCCCUUGUCUUCCGCCAAUAUGGACCUGCAUAUGCCACGUGGCUCUUUGGCUUUGAACACUUCAAUGGUGUCUUAGAGGACGUGAACCUCAAUGGACAUGGAGGUGGUGAGAUGGAAUACUCAUUAGCGCGUGAUUGGGUUGAAAAACAUUGA